GCGCGCUUGUCAGGGAAUGGCAGAUGGAUGCCGAUAGCUCGAGGCGAAACACGAGACUGCGGUGAGGGCACAGAGAAGACGGGAAGAGAGAGAGAGAGAGAGAGAGAGAGAGAGAGAGAGAGAGAGAGAGAGAGAGAGAGAGAGAGAGAGAGAGAGAGAGAGAGAGAGAGAGAGAGAGAGAGAGAGAGAGAGAGAGGCCAGUGGGAGGGAUGGCCAUGGUGACAGCGAAGGUCGACAAGCCACGCAUCG